AUGUCCAUGCUGCCCACUUUUGGCUUCACCCAGGAGCAAGUGGCUUGCGUGUGCGAAGUGCUCCAGCAAGGGGGCAACAUCGAGAGGCUGGGCCGCUUCCUCUGGUCGCUGCCGGCCUGCGAGCACCUUCACAAGAACGAGAGCGUCCUGAAGGCCAAGGCCGUGGUGGCUUUCCACCGAGGCAACUUCCGCGAGCUCUACAAGAUCCUGGAGAGCCACCAGUUCUCGGCGCACAACCACCCCAAGCUGCAGCAGCUGUGGCUCAAGGCGCACUACAUCGAGGCCGAGAAGCUGCGGGGGCGACCCCUAGGGGCAGUCGGCAAGUACCGGGUCCGCCGCAAGUUCCCCUUGCCCCGCUCCAUCUGGGAUGGCGAGGAGACCAGCUAUUGCUUCAAGGAGAAGAGCCGGAGCGUCCUGCGGGAAUGGUACGCCCAUAACCCUUACCCGUCCCCCAGGGAGAAGCGGGAACUGGCCGAGGCCACCGGGCUCACCACCACCCAAGUCAGCAACUGGUUCAAAAACCGGAGGCAGCGGGACCGGGCGGCGGAGGCCAAAGAAAGGGAAAACAAUGAAAAUUCCAGUUCCAAUGGCCACAAUCCGCUUUCCUCCUCCCUCAACGGCAAUAAGACAGUUUUGGGCAGUUCCGAAGAUGAGAAAACGCCCUCCGGCACCCCGGAUCAUUCCUCCUCCAGCCCUGCCUUACUUCUCAAUGCAAACCCAGGCUUACAACCUCUCCAUAGCUUGGGCCAUCCUCAGGGUCCUAGCGCCAUUCCAGUUCCCAGCGCGGACCCUCUGCAUCAUCACAGUUUGCAAGACUCCAUCCUCAACUCCAUGUCUUCAAAUCUGGUCGAUCUCGGCUCUUAAAAAUAUGUGCUGAACCUACCAUGCUCCCUGAACCCAGGCUCUCUUCAUCUGGGUUGUCCUCUUCUUCUUCUUUUUCCCCCACUUAAUUCCUCUGUUCCACAAAC